AGCAGCUCAGCAGGCAGCGGUUCACAGCCACUUACUGCUGCUGUUUACAUUUUCUCACUCAAAAACGACUUUUUGGACUCGACCCACGGCCCGACAUCAACAGCGUUAACUAAGCUGCGUGCUGUUAUUGCAGGGUGCAGACUGAAGUUAAAUAAGUUACAGGAGUGAAGAGCUAACUCGGAGUUAGCUACUGAGCUGUACCAGAAACUUCUGUAUCCACUCGGGACAGCUGAGAGUUUUACCAUCGUUAGAUUCUCAGGAAACUUUGGCGGAUUGGCAUAUUGAAUACAAAACAUGCCGUUUCUGAGGCUGGCAGGGGUGUCCAUCACCUCCAUCUGUCCUUAAAAGACUUCAAAGUCAGUAACGUUGGCCGACAUUAACCAGCUUCAAAAAACGGCAGCGCCAGGGGAGAAGAGAGUGGACUCGGCAUCCACCUCGAGGAUGGAGCUAGCAGCGGCUCACCCAGCUCUCAAAGCUUUUAUGUGUGGCUCUCUCAGUGGCACCUGCUCGACGCUGCUCUUUCAGCCUUUGGAUUUGGUAAAGACGCGACUGCAGACCCUCCAGAACAAUGCCAAGCCAGGUUCGCCAAAGGUCGGGAUGUUUAGUGUUUUAAUCAACGUUAUUAGGACAGAGAAUUUCUUCAGUCUGUGGAAGGGAGUUUCACCGUCAUUCGUGCGCUGCAUCCCCGGUGUGGGCAUCUACUUCAGCACCUUCUACUCCCUGAAGCAACACUUCAUCCUCGAACGAGCACCCAACGCUGGUGAGGCUGUUCUGCUCGGAGCGGGCGCCAGAGCUGUGGCCGGGGUCUCCAUGCUGCCAUUCACUGUUAUUAAGACACGCUUUGAGAGUGGCUAUUACAACUAUGUGAGUGUUGCCGGGGCUCUGAAGAGUGUUUAUGAGACUGAAGGACUCAGGGCUCUGUUCUCGGGGCUGACUGCCACACUGCUCCGAGACGCUCCGUUUUCCGGCAUCUACGUCAUGUUCUACAGUCAGGCAAAGAAGUCUAUGCCUCAAGAGGUGACUUCAUCGGCCUACAUCCCGCUGGUGAACUUCAGCGCUGGGGUGGUAGCAGGCGUUUUGGCGUCACUGGUCACACAGCCUGCAGACGUGGUGAAGACCCACAUUCAAGUGAGCCCGUCCCACUGGAGAACUUCGGACGCCAUUCGCUACAUCUACAUGGAGCACGGACUGCGUGGGUUUUUUCGUGGGGCUGUACCCAGGUCUCUUCGACGCACUCUGAUGGCUGCUAUGGCUUGGACUGUGUAUGAACAGCUGAUGGGCCGAAUGGGCCUCAAAUCCUGAAGAGUGACUGUGUGGAGCCAAAAAAAAGGAACAGAGACAGAAUGAAAUUUAAGGGGAUAGUGAAAUAUUUUCUCAAUGCAAAGAGAAGGGAGGAGCUUAAUGAGACAAGAUGUCGAACAGAGGUACCAGGUGGAUAAAUGUCUGAGAAAAGAGAGCAAGAAUGGUGUGUGUG